CCUUUCAAACAUUUCUAAGCCUUUAAAAAAUUCCUGUUUGGAAAUGCUGUUUUUUAAAUUUUUUGUAAAAUAAUAAAUUUUAAGUCAAUAAGGAAAACAUUUACCGCUGACCAAAAUGAAUAAACUGAACAAGGAGUGGUCGCGAGCAGUGCCCUUUAAGCCCAAGGAUAAUCUUACAACCGAGGCGAAAAAUAGAGCUGCCAAGUUUGUGUCAUCUAUUGAAACGGAUUGCGUUCCUGUAUCAAUGGCAUGUCUGAUUGGCUGGGAGUACGCUCGGAUUUGGCUGCGAGAUCGUGACAAUUUUGUAAAGAAACGCAAUAAGGCUGUGAAGGCAAAAUUUAUUAAAAAUGACUUUGAAUCAUGGCUGAACAAGCGUAAAACCCCAAAACGAAACCAAAAAUUUUGACGAAGCGGAAAUUAUUAUUUUUUUUUUUUCAAUUAAAAAUGUAUAACAUUGUAA